UACUCAUGUACAGAGCCGUGUACAGUGGAGGCCCAGGCCUAGACGUAUUGAAAAGGGUGAAGAUGAUGCCAGUUCAACCAGCCACGAAAUCUUUCUUCUUCAAAUUACCUACCGGUACUUUACGUGUUAAAAUCUUCCUGGAACAACGUGGCUUGUACAUGCCAUGGGGAACCCACUGCCUUAUUUGUAAAAAACCAGGAAACCAUAGAUAAUGUCUUCAUCCACUGUUGGCACAGACAGACAGACAGACAACGAACUAUAUUUAAAAUAAUCCUGAGGAGCUACUGUCAGGACCUCCUAACGGGAGGCCAUUGUAGCGUUUUUUUUUUUUUUUUUUUCCUGGGACGUGCUGCAAAGGACUUUAAAAAAGGAGUUACUGAUAUAUCUACACGGAAUCAGGUUUCUUGCAGUAAAUGAUGACGAAGGAUUCCCGUACGACCUUAUCAUGCUUACGGGCGUCCACUGUUUAUGGCGCUCAAGAAUGGCGGGCUACCAUUGUGACCCGAAUGCCCGACCAGCGUGUGUAUAGUUCCGAGAAUGUAUGCAGCGAUAUGUAGAAGUGCAGAAAUUGCAACUGCCUGUUCCUGAGUGGCUUUACAGGGUUGAACCCCUGACAGCACUCAAGGAAUUUUAAUAAGACAAUGUCAUGCCACAGUAGCGGACGGCAUCGAAUGUAUAUAUUACUGUUUCUUGUUCGGUUUUUCUAUUCAUUAUUUUUUUUCUUUCGCUUUUGUGUAUAUCAUUUAAGGAAUGUGUGUUGUGGUGACAUGUCGAGGACUGGCAAUAAAGAAAAAAGAAAUAAUGGCCAGUAUCCCCGCCUGUCAAGCGGGAGACCUGGGCUCGAUUCCCCGACGGGGAGUGUUUUUUUUUUUUUUUUUUUACUACUUCUCUAUUUUAGGCACACGUAGCUGCGCCCACGACACUUAUCCUCAGUAUCGGUCUGUGUCUUUCGCGCGAUUGGGAGUAAGGCUGUUGCGAAACACUUUUAUGCUUUCAUUCCCAUCGUGUAUAGAGUGCAUUAGCGAACGCCUCUCGUGCCUCCUCGUUAGUAUAGUUAGUAUAGUUAGUUAAUAUAGUUAGUUAGUAUAAUUAGUAUAGUAUAGUAUGUAGAAGAAGACGGCGUUCCGAACGAUCGCUUUUCUCAUGUUCUCCGCUUCAAAGGAUUUAUCGGCCCCAGGCCGAGGUGCUGCUCAGGCUUCAGCCAGCAGCAAUGACUACCGCGUUGUGCUACCCCGUCUUCCUACCGGUAAGCUGGUUGUGGACUCCGUUUUCCUGCAUGCUGACUCAAGUGGUCGACCGUACAGAGCCCAAGACUUCAGAGACGCCCUUCGGAACGUUAUUGACCUGAAGGAAAUAAGUUCCAUCGGUCAAUUUCAGAUGUCCCACGUGUGGAUGGUGACGUGCAAAUCAGGGAUGACAAAAUCAAAGCUAUUCGCAUGCGGGGAAUUAUCCGUGAAAGGUAGACGCUGCGUCGUCAUUGAUCCUGAGCCCACGGAAGUUAAAAUGAAGCUUUUGUGGCUUCCUGAGCGUUUGGAAGACUACUACAUUCGAGAUGCGCUCCAGGCUUACGGGAAAGUCAAGUCUGUACAGAGAGAAAGCUGGAGAGUAUCGGAGAUGGAACAGAUGCGUACGCUAAAUCGUGACGUAGUGUUGACUCUCGCCGAUGGAGUGAGCGUGGGAGACGUUCCACAUCUACUACCUGUUUGUGGAGUGCAGAGCCUCGUAUUAAUUCCAGGUCGGCCCCCAUUUUGUCUGCGCUGUAACAAGGUGGCGCACAUUCGUCGAAACUGCAGAACCCCACGUUGCGAAGCCUGCCGGCGCUUUGGCCACACAGCUGAAGAAUGUGUCGUAACAUACGCCGAUAAGUUACGACACAGAACAAGGCCUCCGGAUGAAAGCUUGCAAGAACACAUAAUGGAUAUUACGGAGGUUCUCGACGCGACGGGAGACGCGCCCUCUUCUGCGGAGACCAGCUGUGCCAGUAAGGCCCCUCUACCUGUUAAAGACAGUCACAAUGGCAUCGCAGAACUGCCCGUGGAAAAAGAAAGUAGCGAAGAGAAAGAUGACCAACCGAAGCAACAACCCAAAGGAGCACCCGCCACCACGGACCCAAUUGCUGCCCAGCAAGCGAAUGAGGGAGCCGGAGAUGUCUCAUCUGAUGCAUCCAAACAUCCCGACACGUUGUGCCAUGGCGCAUAG